UGUUAAGCGACGACAAUCGGUGGGCGGAGGGCGUCUACGAGCUCCUCCAUCCGUACAGCGUCCAAGCCGCGAUGUUCCCGCCGAAGUCGAUCCGCCGCACUGGGCCCAAGUUCCUUUUCUGCCUCGUCUUGCUGCGGUGGCUUGCUGGCUCGUUCAUGGCUGCCGGAGUGGCGUCUCUUCUGGGUGUUGCGGGGCUUCGCGUUUUAAAUAAGGUCAAUCCUGCGCCGAGGCUCGAUCUGACUUACACGCAGCUUAUGGAGGUACUCGAAAGGUCACUGUUGCUGCAUGAAGCCAUGCCCGAUAUUGUAUCGGGGGAUAGCGUGUUCAAGCGUGAUAGGAAUAAAGUGGCCCAGCGUAUGGACCAUGGUAUCUUUGGACGGAGUUUGCGAACUAUUUACGACAUCGGCGGCGGCGGCAAACCCAGGCCGGGCCUCGGAAGACGGCAGUGCUGUUGGGAAGCGGUCCAGGAGCUCGCCAAAACAGAUGGUAAUGCUCAGAAGCUCGUCGCUUUUGUCGAAGAGCUCCGGGCUUACAUCUCGCGGCGCUGCGGCCGCGAGGUCGAGGUCAGUGGCGCGACUGCGAUCAGCACGCUCAACGACGGCGAUACCGCCCUGCACGGCGACGGGGCGCGCUUCGAUUUGCGGACGAUCACAUGUCUCAUGUUGGCAUACGGGACGCCCGCAUACGUGCCGAAGUGCGUCUCUUUUGGGCUGGUCCGUGACAGGGAGUGGGAAACGCGGGGCUUGGGCCGCGGCUCUUUCCAUGGUUUGGAGGGGAUGAAGGCUGCCUGGGAUUACCUGGGCGACAUCGUGGUGCACCAUGGCGAGACGUACGGCGGCGACGUCUAUGCCAUGGGCGGCUGGGCCAUCGGCCGCUUCCUCGCCGUGGCGCACCGGGUCAACCCGACCGUCGGGUGCCAUUGGUCCAUCGUGAUCGACUGGAAGUUUGUCGAGUAAGUUAGGUGUUUUGUUUU